AACAACACAAAUGUCAUAACAAGAUGGAGACCGAAGCGAUGGUCGAGGACUCCGUGGGCAUCGCCGAGGAUUUAGUGGACGCAUUGGACACAAUGUUACAGAAUAUGACCUCAUUGGACAUCGUUCAUCACGACCAUCACUAUUGCCGCCGUUACGAAUACUAUGUAUCGGCUGCGGCAAUGGUGGACACGACUGCGAUGGCGAUACCGAACACUAGUGCUGGUGUUGGUGUUGGCGCUCAACAACAACCGUCGGCCGACGAUAACAACCAUCAGUUGCCGGUAGUUCUACCGCCACUGGACGACUCGACAGUAGCGACUACACUGGCCGAUACGGUCGCAGCCGCCCAGUUGGUCGAUACGGUUACGACGGCUGCGUACGGCGGCAGCGGUAGUGGUAGUCAUCCGACGACACCAGUGAUGAAAACAUCAUCUGCCCAGCCGUUGACGCCAACAACAAAUGUUUUGGCCGCGGCCGCAGUCACCGCUGCUGCUGUUGACCACCAGUGCGCGCCGUCUACAUCGUCCGAAUUGGACGACGUGAUUGCCGCUCUACGAGCCGUCGAAAGUGGUCACAGUCUACUGUCAGAUCAGCCAUCAUCGGUGGCAGCGACGGCGGCGGCGACACCUGUCGUUCCCAUCACUACUGCCAGUAGUAGUAGUAUUAGUGGUAGUAAUAGUAGUAGUUUUGGCGCUACAAACAGUUUUACCGCCAAAGACAGUCCGACAACUGUUAGUAGUGUCCAUAAUACUAGUGCUCCGAUGGUGGCGGCGGCUGUGGCCAACACUCCCAAAGCGGCUGCCAUUAGCAACGAUGCCAUUACUACGCCCGUGGCCACCACCACCAUCACCGCAGCCGCUGAACAAACAACAACGUCCACUGGCCGACAGCAGCGAACACGACGUAAACCAAAACGAUGGGAUGACGACGAAGUUGAGGUAGAUUUUAGCGGACAGUUGGGUAUUCUGGCUGAACAACAACAACAACAGUCGACAGCAGCAGCGGCGGCAGCAGUAGCUGCUGGUAAACAACAACAGCCGACGGUAACGGCGGCAGGAAAACAAUUGGACAAAGAGUCCGAUAAUAAUAAUAAUAAUAAUCGGACGACAAACAAGAGGUCGCUGACGACAAACAUUAAUAGCAAUAAUGUUAUCAAUAAGAAACUGAAGGCCACAAAUGACAAGAAAGCUCCUGUCAUUCCUUCAGAUAACGAUGAAGAAGCUGAUGAUAAUGACAGCAACGAUGAUGAUGAUGACAAAGAUGGUAGCAAUGAUGACGACGACGAUGAUGAUGAAGACGAUGAAAAUGAAUCUGAUUUUGGAUCAGAUGACGAUCCGGACAAACUAUGGUGUAUAUGUCGUCAGCCGCACGACAAUAGGUUUAUGAUUGGCUGCGACUCCUGUGAGGAAUGGUUCCACGGAAAGUGUGUUAACGUAACCAAACAGCAAGGUCGUAUUUGGGAAAAGGAGGGCAAAGAAUGGAUAUGUCAGACCUGUCAGAAAGGUAUCGCCGAUGGCGUCAAACGCGACGAUCUGAAGAAGCAAGCGGACGAUAAACGGGCCAAACAGGAAGCAAAAGAACGAAUUCAGGCACAAACCAAACGACUGGCGAGAGAAAAGUUUCUGAAAAAAGAGGAAAAGACUCGCGAGAAUAAUAAUAAUAAUUCACGUAAUAUUCGUGACAACCGCCGUCGGUCGUCAUCGACGGGUUCAGCGGCGGCGGCGACGACGAAAAAAACAAAGAAAAACGCACAACAAAAACAAUCGUCCGAUAAGACCAACAACAACAAGAAGUCAAAAACACCGAAACAAUCACCGAUUACCCCAUUGCCGGCCGAUGUAGUGGCCGCGGCUGUGGUUGCCGUCGACGCCCGUAAACUGUCGAAAAUGCCGCCAAAAAAACGCGAACUACAUCUGCGUCAUCAGGAAGCGGAAGAGUCGGAGAAAUUGAAAAAAUUGAUUAAAUCAUCGAAAAAAGAUCUCAACAAAAAACGCGAACAAUUGUUGGCCAAAAAACGAACGUCAAAAGAUUCGUUAUCGCUGGACGAAUCGUCGUCGGGUGCGACCACUCCCGGUGGCGGCGUCGGCGGCGGUAAACAUCGAGACAGUGUUGACUACGAACCGAUAUCCAAAGUGGUUCCCGUUGUACGCAAACCCGAACAUAAAAAGAAACACAAAGACGCCAUCGAUAUGUCUGUACAGGACCUGUUCAAAGCCGAACCCAUCAAAAAGUCAUCGAUCACUAAUCCGCCCACAACUCCGACAACACCCGGCACUCCCAACAACAACAAUAACAUCAACAGCAAUACUAAUACGCCGUUUGGUAGCAGCAGCCGAAAGCUGUCGAUAGAUUCGCGCCGUUUGUCCACAACUGGUGGUUCGGCGGCUGCUGCGGCCGCUCAUGAACGGCCAUGUCCGGCCGGUUGUGGCCGACAGGUGACGGCCGCCAACAACAAUAGCAUCUACUGUAGCAACGAUUGUAUUGAAUCGCAUGUUAAAGAAAUGUUGAAAUUGUUGCGCAAUAAUCGUCGCGAACGAUCGGAUUCGGGCAAUAAAAUCAAAGAAAUCGAUCGCCGAGUAGUUGUCGUCGAAAAGUCAAGCGGUCGGCUACUGUCCGGUAAAGACGGUAUACCCGAACGCGAGGUAUUGGAGUUUAUUAAGUCGAAUCCGACAUACGAAGUGUUUCGGCCGUCAAAUCUCAAGCAAACAACAACAACAACAACGCCGACAUCGUUACCAACAACGCCGUUGUCUUCGUCCGAUAGGAAAAGGAUUGGCAACGGCGGCGGCGGUAGUGGUGGUGACGAUUCGUCUAGUCUUAAGUCGCCGCUGAAGAGUCCGAAGAAAGAUUCGGCAUCGGCGGACAAAAGUGGCCCGAAUCGGACGCCAUUAGUUCGAAGCAAUAGCCGCAGCGGAUCGGAUAUAGCCAGGAUUGGCGACGGAGUGGAUCCCAUUCGUACCAAUGUUAAGACAACACUAAAGGAUGCAUUGAUUAACAGAUGUAAAGAAGCAAACGAAUCGGCGCCCAACACACAGGACAUCCAGAAGAUUGCCAAUCGUAUCGAAGAAGAACUAUUCAAACUGUUCAAUAGGGAUACAUCCGGCAAAUACCGUAACAAAUAUCGGUCACUGAUAUUCAAUUUGAAAGAUCAGAAAAAUCAGGGCCUAUAUCGUAAGGUUAUCGGCGGUAAAAUAUCGCCGGAACGUCUGGUACAGAUGUCGGCCGACGAACUGGCCUCAAGCGAACUGGCCAAAUGGCGCGAACGCGAAAAGAUAUCGAUGUUGGAAAUGAUUAAACGAGAUGCGGCCGAAAAAGCUAAUCAAGUUAUCGUCAAAAAGACACAUAAAGGCGAAGAACUAAUUGAAUCCAAUAGCGACGGUCAGGCCGUCGAAGCAAAAUUAGAUGAUUUGAACGCCGCCACCGGAACAACAACAUCGACCACAAUAGCCAACAAUCUCCUAACGACAGCAACACCUGUUACGUCCAUAUUGGACGACCUGAUGGGCGUAUCGACAGUGGAUACUACUGGCCAGCAUCGGUCUCAUUUGUUUUCCAACAAUUGUCGCAUUUGUCUCAGCAAACAAACCGCUGACGAUAUUAGUGGCGGCAAAUCUGAUGGCGUCGGCGGCAACAAAUCGACGGCACACUUGUUAACCGAUAAGUCUAAGACAACGGCAACAACGCGGUCGCGGCCGACACCCAAACGUAUUCGAGUGGAUCCCGAUUCGGCAAACAGAAUACUGAUGGAAGCGGCAAAACUUAGUUCAUCGGUAAUUGGAUUGCGUGGCAGCGGUGAGGACGACGAUAGCCGCGAACAGCAGCCAACUUCUACUACAUCGACGACAACAGCGGCUGCGGCAACAACAACAUUGUCGUCGCCCGAAGUACCCAGUAGUUCAUCGGUGGCCCGACCCGUAUGGCGUGGAUCGAUAUUCAUGCAGGACGUGGCCAAGUUUUCGGCCAAUGCUACAAAAGUUAGCGGAUCGGUAGCCGAAUAUUUAGCACAGGAUGUCUCGCAACAGAUAACAGUCUGCGGCCGUAUAGCACCCGAACAAGUGUUGGAUUAUCUGAAAAAACUUAAAUACAGUCUGAAAACUGAAAUCGGUUUAGUAAAGUUUGUCGCCCGAAAAGAUGACCGAAUCGGUUACGACGCGUUUUUCGAUUAUCUUGACACUCGGGGCCGAUACGGUGUUGUCGGCAAUACUGGCAAAUGGCUAAAAGAUUUCUAUAUAUUACCGCUACCGCGCAAUAAGGACGUACCCGAUGUACUAUUACCGUUUGACGGACCGGGUUUGGACAAGAAGUCCAAUCGGCCGAACCUAUUGUUAGGUAUAUUGAUUCGUACGAAACGACACGCGCCGUCAUCGAUGUCAUCAUCGGCGGCACAAAACCUAUCAAACAAUAGCGGUUUGUUGUCGCAUAAAUCGACAAAUAAGUCGUCGUUGUCGUCCUCCUCCUCCACAACCAACACCUCUUCUACCACUAAUACUACUACUAAUGCAACCAAUGAUCACGCGUUCCGUUCAUAUACACCGCCGCCUAAAGCACCGAAACAACAGAUUUCGUCUAACGAAUCGAUGUCUUCGUCAUCGUCGCCGCCGACAACUGCCGACGACAAUAGCAAAGACAUCGAAGACGAUGACGUGUCGUAUACACCGCCGCACAUGUCAUCGUCGACGGCAAUGUUUAAACCCAUUCCCUCUAUAAAGACUACAACAAUAACAAAAAUAUCAACAAAAACGUCGACAACAAAGUCAUUGAUGGCUAACAACACAGCUGGCGAUGAUAACAACAAUGAUGACGACGAGCCAUACGAUCCCGAAGAGGUUGAUCUUUCCUCAUCGGUAACACCCGAAACAUCUACUAAGUCGUCGAUUGACGACCUAAUGGAUCAAAUAGCCAACAGUACAAAUCCGGUAGAGAUGACCACAUCGGUGCUAACAGCUAUAGCCAGUUCAACGAAUCUCGACCAACAGCGCCGUCUAUUGCAACAGUUGACCGCCAAAGUGGACGAACAGAAACGCCAAUUGGAGGCACAGAAGGCCGAAGCCGAACGGCAAUCGGUUUUGUUGACGACAACAACCGCGUCGACGACGACUUCCUCCUCAUCUAAUCCUUCAUCAUCUUUAUCGUUGACCACCACUACCGCCGCCGCCGCCGCCACCACAUCGUCAACCAUUCCCGGUCUGGACGGACAGUUUGCUUCAUCGUUGAACGACAUUCACAUACCCGACAAUCUCAAAGACAUACUGAAUAAUGUCAAAUGUAAGACACAGGAGAUCGAGCGCCAACAGGAACGGCUGCGAGCAGUUGCCGCUUCGGGUUUCAAAUUUGACGAUCCGAUUGUCAAAAAUUUUGCAUCAAAAACAUUGGGCAAAGACGCCAACAUCGAUGAUGACUUACCCGUCGAUGACGAACCCAUGGAUAUCGAUGACGACGACGACUUACCAGAAGUCAAGACCACUAUCAUUGAAAUCAAUAAAAACCCAGUGAUCGGCAACAGUGAGUCCACGUCUACUAGUACUACCACUACCAACACCGCUGCUGCUACUGCUGUUGUCGUACAGAAAACAGUAACCGAUCCGCGAUUGCGGUCCAAAAAACAGACACCUUUGUCGUCGUCCGCGUCGGCGACGGCGGCGGCGAAAAAAGAUGUCGUGACCAGCGGUGGCGAUGGCAGUCAUGUGGCCGAUAUGACUGCCGACGAAUUGCUCGAAAAGGCCAGACAACAGAUGGCUGUAUUGGCACAGAUGGAGGCCCGGGAUAGUCCUGUUAGCGGCGGCGGCGGUAAAGAUGCCGGCAAUACAAACAUCAAUAAUAAUAAGACAAAAAAUAGUUCACAAAAAAUCAAAAUUGAAUGGAAACGGAAAAAAUAAUUUUUUUUUCUAAUAAAACACAAAUAAAAUGGAUUAGACUGUAGUUGUGAUGGUGUGGGUGUGUGUGUGUGUGCGUGUGUUGUACUGACCGACCAAACCAAUGAUGAAUAUAUUUGUAUAUUAUAUUGAAGUGAAUGUAUGAUUAGGGUUAACACACACACAAACAAACAGACCAUACAUUUUAAACAAUUAAUUAAUUAAUAAUAAGUUUUU